AUUUAAAAGAAUUCUACAGUCCUGAAGGGGAGCCUGUUCCCCAGUCAAAGUCAAAAGAUUUUAAUUCCGUGACUGAAAAGCUGAAAAAAAUGCAAGAGUUUUUUGGUCUGGAAGUGACUGGGAAGGUGGAUGAUGAAACAUUGGAAGUAAUGAAGAAGCCCAGGUGUGGUGUACCUGACCUGGGUGGAUUUACCCUCACAGAGGGAAACCCUAAGUGGGACAAAACCCAUCUGACAUACAGGAUUGUGAAUUACACACCAGAUUUAAAUCAAAAAUUAACGCAAAGAGCAAUCCAGAAAGCAUUCGAAGUUUGGAGCAACGUGUCACCCCUGACAUUCGAAGAAAAGGCGAAUGGCAUCCAAGAUAUAAUGAUCUCCUUUAACAGAGGAGAUCAUGGUGAUAACUCUCCUUUUGAUGGACCCAGUGGGGUACUGGCUCAUGCUUUCCAACCUGGGCCAUAUAUAGGUGGAGAUGCCCAUUUUGAUGACGAUGAACUGUGGACUAUAGAAGGCACAAGAGGCACCAACCUGUUUCUUGUGGCCGCCCAUGAGUUUGGACAUUCCCUGGGUCUGUCUCACUCCACUGAAGCGGGAGCACUGAUGUUCCCCACCUAUGCUUACGUGGAUCCUCGCUCAUUCCAGCUUCCUCAAGAUGACAUCGAUGGCAUUCAAGCCAUCUAUGGAAGAUCACACAAUGCACAACAACCAACUGGCCCCGUCUCACCAAAAGCUUGUAGCUCCAGAACAACGUUUGAUGCUGCCACCACCUUACGUGGAGAAAUCAUGUUCUUUAAAGACAGGUUUUUCUGGCGCAAAUCCCCUCACAUACCAGAAGUAGAACUCAAUUCCAUUUCCCUCUUCUGGCCCACUCUGCCAUCUGGAAUAGAUGCUGCCUAUGAAAGUUAUGAAAAAGAUCAAGUUUUUCUUUUUAAAGGAGACAGAUAUUGGGCUCUAAAUGCCUAUGACAUUGUGCGUGGCUAUCCUAAAAGUAUCACCCAGCUGGGCUUCCCCCGCCACGUUAAACAAAUUGAUGCUGCCUUCAGUGAUCCAGAGACUGGGAAGACCUAUUUCUUUGUAGGAGGCAAAUAUUGGAGAUAUGAUGAAUACAGGCAAUCCAUGGAAGAUGGAUACCCCAGAAGCGUGGCUCAAGAUUUCCAAGGAGUUGGCCCCAAAAUUGAUGCUGCUCUCAGGCAUGAAGGGUACACCUAUUUUUUCCAAGGAACAAAACAGAUCCAGUUUGACCUUGAUAGCGAAAGAAUUGUCCGAGACAAUCAAAGAACCAAUGCCUGGCUGAACUGUUAAAGCAUCUCUGCUCAAUUCUACCUCGCAUGCCUAAUCUUUCUUUAGAGGCACGAUAGUUCCUCUUUUUGUUGGGUGUUCAAAGAUUACACCUGGCAUUCUUCUCAUACUCUACAGCAAGUUCCAGCUGAAUUGGUGCUAUAAAAUGCUUUGGCGAUACACUGCAUUGUGACAAGGUUUAUUCUGCUUGUUCCAUAAAGUACUUUUUAA